AAGAGAAGCUGAACAGUCGAUAGGGGUGUCUGUGUUCGUAUUACUGCAAAAGAAAUAAUCCUCUAAGGAAUUUUUCCGAACACACAGAGAACUAAACGAAAGCUGGUAGAUUGGUGCUUGUAAAGAUGUUCCCAGCAAGACAGCAGCAAAAGGCAAGCGCAAUGGGCCCUGGUGCCCCUCUCCGUCUUGCAGAAGCUUUAUUAUACACGUCAGAUGAGCUUGAAAAUGGUUCCCCGUCAGUCUACAAGCUUCAUAUGAGGGAAGAAAUGAGACCAAAAGACAUGAUUGCAAGACAGAGUAUCGGAAAACCGUGCCGUAUCGGUCGUGGAGAAGCAGAAAAGGUGUUCAUGGUGGUGGGAGCAACAGGUGCUGGAAAAUCGACCUUGAUUAAUGGAAUGGCCAACUACCUUCUUGGUGUAGAAUGGAAAGAUGAAUUCCGUUUCAAGCUCAUAACGGAUGAGUCCAAAGUGUCACAAGCACACAGCCAAACGCAAGGCAUAACUGCUUAUACGUUCCACCCCAUGAGAGGUUCACUUGUGCCAUAUGCUUUCACUAUAAUCGACACUCCUGGCUUUGGUGGUACUGAAGGAUUAAAGAGAGACAAGAAAAUCACCGAGCAAAUAAAGGAAUUCUUUUCUAUUCCUCCACCUGAUGGUAUUGACCACCUUGAUGGCAUUGGAUUUGUUGUCCAGUCCUCCCAGGCACGUCUGACUCAAACACAGAAGUACAUCUUUGAUUCCAUUCUGUCGAUAUUUGGAAAUGACGUUUCGAGGAACAUAUUCAUGAUGAUAACUUUUUCAGAUGGCCAACGUCCGCCUGUCUUAGAGGCAGUUAAGGAAGCUAACAUUCCAAACUACAGCGAGAAAUUUUUCAAGUUCAACAACUCAGCUCUCUUUGCUGAAAACAACGAAUCAGGCGAAGUGGGCUUCGACGAAUUGUUUUGGAAAAUGGGUUCCGUCUCAUUCCAAAAAUUCUUCCUAGAAUUUCCCAAAGCAGAGAGCGUUAGCCUUCGUCUAACCAAAGAAGUUCUAAAAGAGCGAGAAGAGCCUCAUGUGUUGGUGGAGGGCCUGAACAUCCAAAUUACUGUGGGUCUUAACAAACUUGAAGAGAUACGUCAGGAAGAAAUUGUGAUCCAACAACGUGAAAAGGAGAUUGAAACAAACAAGGAUUUCACGUACAGUGUUGAUUUAGUCAAGCCAUUUCACAUUUCCUUAGAGGGCACGGGACGACACACCACCACUUGUGGUCCCUGCCACAAAACAUGCCACAGCAAUUGCAGGAUUAUCGAUGACGCGAACAAGUUUUACUGUUGGGCUAUGAACGAAGAGGGUAGAUGCAGAAUAUGUCCACGAAAUUGCCUUUGGUCAGAACACAAGAAUCUUCCCUAUCUGAUCGAAUAUCGCACAGUCACUGAGACUAGAACAGCAGAAGACCUGAAGAAGAAGUACCAUAAGGCUGUCAAGGAGAAAGCCACAUCUGAACAAAAGAUGAGAGCAAUAGAGGAAUCACUCCAGAAAGUGCAUGUUGAGGUGCUUACCAUGAUCAAGAGGGCUCAACAAAGUCUUCGUCGCUUGGAUGAAAUUGCACUCAAACCAAACCCGUUGACUCAAGUAGAGUACCUGGAGCUGCUUAUUGAAUCCGAGAAAAUGGACGCCAAACCUGGAUGGAAACAACGCGUCAAAUACCUUGAGGUGACCAAACGUCAUGCUGAAAUGCUAUCCAAAGUAAAAGAUGAGCGAGAGACCCAGAAGCUUAUAAAGCAGUUGUCCAGAGAUGUGGAUGUCAGUGAGGAACAAACAAGGGACUUCUUGAAGAACCUGUCGCUUGGCCAGGACAAAUGGUGCUCCCGCUUUAAGUUCUGGUGAUCACUGUAAGACUCUAAGAUUCCAGUCACAGCGUCGGAACACCGAAAUGGAGUUCUUCAACACGUUGAGUCAAGAUACAGGAUGGAACUUCAGAACUUUUACUCAAAAUACUAGAUGGAACUUUCAAACUUUUUGACACGUAAUUAGCAAUUGUCUAAAUCUUUGUGGCAUAGCAUAAAUUGAAGGAUGCAUUUCCACAAAUUAAGUUUUCUUAGUUUCCCAGAUGCGUCUUAGCUAUCUUCUAAAGCCAUGUUAUACCGUUUUAUCGUGAAAUAUCAUACGGAAAGUUCAACAAACGUGGAAAACUUUGUUUUAUUGAGCUUCAAUAGAAGUAGUUGGGAGGAGAGAUCAGCUUAUGGAUGUCUGAAGUAGGUUUAUAGUAUGUUAAUUACUAGUUAUAAGUAAGAAAUUGAAUUAACUCCAUUUCUAAGUCAACAUCAUGGUAGAAGUAUCCGAAGGAAAUAGUUCGUCUUCUGAUAGGCGCGCAUAUAGAAUAAGAAGAAAUAUUUUAAACGACUUUUCUCGGCCGAAAUUCGUAAGAUAAGCUUUAAAUAGCAAGGUGUUCGUUACCUUCAAACGACAUUAUCUGUUUUAAAAAAAGACGUUUAGAGAGUACGUGUUUGAGUCCUAGUGUAAGGAGAAUCAACCAGUAAGAUUUUCUUUGAAGGGAAGUCUAAUAUUCCUCAACGUAAACAGAACUGGAAAACCUAAGCUUCUUUUGCCCAGUUGUCAUUUCUCGAGGAUAAUUUGCGUCGUGACAGAACUAAUAUUUUGUAAAUGACCUGAAGAGUUUAGAGGUCAAUGAGAGGUCGAAAAUAGAGAGCUUAAGCACCAGACG